UAACAGUCAUUGACAAAAUGAUAACAAUUCAAAUAAGUAUUUUCAUUUUUAUUAAUACAUUUUGUAGUAUGCAUGGUGCAUUUCGUGAUUUUUUUCUAGAUGAUUACUGGUCAGCUGAAAAUAUAGUCAAACGUGAUGGAUAUCGUUUAGAAGUACACAAUGUUACAACUGAGGAUGGAUAUAUAUUGACUGUUCACCGAAUUCCAGGAGGCAAAGGAGCACAACCAAUUUUACUAAUGCAUGGACUGUUGUGCAAUUCUGCUCUAUGGCUUGUUUCUGGAAGAGAACAAUCAUUAGUGUAUGUACUAGCUGAUCAGGGAUACGAUGUUUGGCUUGGAAAUAAUCGUGGAAAUAAUUAUGGACUGAAUCAUAUUAACUUAACAACAGAUGAUACUGAAUUUUGGGAUUUCAGUUUUUACGAAAUGGCCAUCUAUGAUCUUCCGGCAAUGAUUAAUCACAUUCAGAAUUUAACCAACCAACACCCAUUUUACAUUGGUCACUCUCAAGGCACAACAAUAUUUUUUUUACUGGCAAUUUUACAACCAGAUAUAGCAAGUUUAUUAAAGCAACCAAUAUCUUUAGCACCAGUUGCUUACGUAGGUGGUGGUGAAAGUUCAUUGCAACUAUCUGUGGUAUCUAUUAUGACGACAAUAUUCGAAGUAACACAAUUUUUCACUAAUUUGCAAACUUUUUUUACUCCAAGUUGGUGGUUACCCCUUUUUUUUCUUAAAUUAUCCUGUGCGGUUUUGUCACUAGGAAAUUAUAACUGUUUAAAUGCUGUGUCAAGUAUUCUUGGAGAUGAAAGACCUGAAUUAUUUGACCAGGCUAUUUUACCAGCAAUCAUCACUAAUUUUCCGGCUGGGACAUCAUUGAAAAAUAUGUAUCUUUAUACACAACAUGUAAUAUUCCAUCGUUUUAACCAGUUUGACUAUGGUGCAACCAAAAAUUGGCAAAUCUAUAAUUCUUCCAUACCUCCGGAAUUUGAUUUAAAAAAAGUCACUCAACCAAAUGUGAUAUUUGUAGCAGACUCUGAUGCUUUUGUUGAUUUGCCAGAUUUAAAUAAAAUAUUGCAAUUAGUUCCCAAUAUCGUUGAUCAAUAUAUCGUGAAUGCUUCAGGAUUUACACAUCUAGAUUUUAUGUGGGGAAUAACUGCAAAACAGCUAGUUUAUAAUAAAAUAUUAGAGCUUGUCUCUUAA